CUGAUCCCUCCGAUCCAUAACCCAUUAGCCUCAGCCUCUUCGAUCUUAUUGUUAUAAUCUACGUACUCUUCUUUGCUCCUCUUCCAACCACCUGCUUGUUUUCUAGUAAUCACGCAUACAUUACCUAGGAUGGCAUCCCAGACCAUUGAGAGCUAUCGUCAGGGCGCCGAGGUCCACCGCGGUGACGACCUCUGCAGGACGAAGUCCAUCCAACUCCUCGAAGAGCUCGGCCUCCCUAGGGGCUUGUUUCCCCUCGAGAACGUCGAGGAGUUUGGCUACAACCGUGCGGCUGGGUUCAUGUGGCUCGUCCACAAGAAGAAGAAGGAGCACACGUUCAAGAAGAUCAAGCAGACGGUGUCGUAUGCCACCGAGGUGACAGCCUUCGUGGAGCAGCGAAAGUUGAAGAAAAUAACUGGGGUGAAGACGAAGGAGCUGCUGCUGUGGCUCUCGGUUGUCGAGGUGUACAUCGAUGAUCCCUCGACAGAGAAGAUCACUUUCAAGACUGGCACUGGGCUGUCCGACAGCUUCCCGGUGUCGGCUUUCGAGCUUGAGUAGAUUGAACGAGGGGGAUCCAGGAAAGGACUAGAGAUUUGCAUGGUUCUCUGUCGUUGCAAAAUUUCUUGUUCUUUUCUAUUUUAUUUUUGUCUUUAAACAGUGCUGCUGUAUCAAAUAAAAGUUGCAAUUAAUGGGUUAUUCUAAUAUAUGUUUUGCUGAAUCAU